AUGAGUCGGAGAGCCGGGGAGAUCUUUCGCCGCCUAAACAGAAUAGCGGAUGGUCCUAUGACACGUAAAAAGGUAGUAGUUUUAUUCUUGAUUAUAGUGUUUCUCAUACUAUACCUGGGACCGACAAUAUUAAACUCUAUAUUUAGCAGCGAAGGGUCUCUUGCAAGCAGCCAGACUGUUUGCCAUAGGAACUUUAUAAACCCCUUUCAAGACGCUCUAAACCAAUACGACGCUUAUUUGAGAUUAGAGUCAGCAGCCACACUAUCUUCACUGAGUCAUAACUACGUGCCUUAUGUUGGAAAUGGUCUAAUAGGAAUAACAUUGGAACAUGAUUCACAUCUUAAUAUUAAGUAUGUUAGAACGUUAUCUUUGCCUGUAUACUAUCACCCAUUAUAUAUUGUCAAUGAUUAUGAUAUGAAGGAAUCAACUUUAGUUGACUACAAAAACGGCAUUGUACACAGAUUUCAGUGCAGCUCUUCAGGAAUUAAAGUUUCAUACAUGUAUUACGCACAUAGAACGAUACCGUCACUGUUUGUACAGGAAAUAUUAGUGAGCAAUCCUUUGAAUGUGGCAAAAACACUACACCUGACAGUCCCUAGAUUGUCUGACUGGCCAACAUCGGUCAAACAAGUUAUAAAGCUUCACCAAGGAGUUGAUGCAAAGGAGUAUGAAGUGGUAACGGGUAUGAUUUCUAUACCUGAUAGUGAGAAUGUGAUUGCAGCAGCUAUUGUUUGUCGUAAGCUAAGCAAUAAGAUACAAAUAGAAGCCCGAGAUGGCUUAGACCUUGUCAUAUUUACUACAGUACAAUACAGCCGUCCCAUCAAGCAAGCAGAUUAUGCAAAAAAUAAAGAUAUAGUAGAAAAGAAAGCUAUCGAUGAAAUGGAGAAGAUUAUUGCUCUAACAGGAGAUCAUACAGCUCUCAGUUCUUUGAGGGACAACCAUGCUAGAGUGUGGCAGGGGUUGUGGGACACUGGCUUCUACAUUUCAGACUCUAAAGCUGCAGGUGUUAUCAAUGGUGACAGAAUAAAUGCGACAAUAUAUGCUAUCCUAUCUCAGGUACGUAGCUAUGAACACGAAAAUCACAUAAAACCAGCCACAAAAGCUGAAAUCUUACGAAGCCUAACUUAUUCAGAGGGAUGCUAUGGAGGUUACUCAACAUUAGACGCAUUUAAUUUAUGGAAACCGUUAAAUUCUCUUCAAAAUCUAAACAAUGUUGCCAGUAUAUGGAUGCUUACCUUAGAAAAACAGGGUUGCCACAAUUUAUUAAGAGCAGGCGCGAGUGGUGUUAACCAAGCGAUGAUAUUAAGCUUUGGUAGUUUUAGGUUUAGUAACCAACAUCUGGAGUAUAAUAUUCAUCCUUCUAAACUUCACAGAGACUUUUUAUUUAGAAGGAUUAACUAUGGCAACUUGACCCACGUAAACGUUAGUGUUAUUCUACAGGAAGAUAACAAAGCUGCCAUAUUUGUAGCAUUGGAUCGGUCUGAUAAAACUUAUUAUGCCUGUGAUGCUGGCUGUCUGGACUCUGCAGUCCAAUUGGGGCCAUACAGAAAGUACUUCCCCGUGAAACUCACCGAGCCCUUGACGGCGAUCCUGUAUAUAACUGCUGAUAAGCAGCACAUGGAAGAUUUGAAACACGCGAUACAUGUUCACGAAGUUAUGGAAGCGCCCCCUCACGAGUCACAUGUGAUCGCUUUACACAAACACGGUCACAGUUUGGGUGGCCUUAACCCACUGUUUUGGGUUUCUAUUAUACUGUUGAUAGUGAUUUUCCAUCUGUUCCUUUGUAGGAUUAUCAUGAAUGAGUUUUGUGAUAGCGGCACCAAUGUGAGCUAUAAGAGGCUUUACAACAAAGCUUAA